GAAGCGAUUAUUCCCCACCGGCGUCUGGCGGGGCCGGGGGCGGGCUCGCACCCCAAGAGACACGGGCCUCCCCCCGUCCCCCCUUUGAUCGCGCCGCCGCCUGGGCCCCCUCCCUCGGCCGCGGGCCGUAUAACUGGGGCCCGCGCCCUCCGGGCGGCGCACCGGGGUCGCGCAGCGAUGGCCGCAGCGGAGCCCGGCCAGCUCCCGUUCGGGGAGGGCGCCGCCUUCCCCGCGUACCGGCCCGCGCGCGCCGGAGGGGCGUUCCCGCCUCCCCCCAGCCCCGCCGCCGCGCUGCUCCCCGCGCCCUCCUCCGGCCCCGGCCCCGGCCCCGAGCGCGGCGCCCCCGCCGCCUUCGCGGGCUUGCUCGGGAGGGGCCCCGGGCCCGCCGCGCCACCCCCCGCCGGCCUGGGCCCGCCGGCGCCCCCCAGAGGCGCGGCCGCCCCGUUGGCGUCGCAGCGCCGCAAGCGCACGUCGUUCAGCGCGGAGCAGCUGCGGCUGCUGGAGCUCGUCUUCCGCCGGACCAUGUACCCCGACAUCCACCUGCGCGAGCGCCUGGCCGCGCUCACCCUGCUGCCCGAGUCCCGGAUCCAGGUGUGGUUCCAGAACAGGCGGGCCAAGUCACGGCGGCAGAGUGGGAAAUCCUUUCAGCCUUCAGCCAGGCCCGAGCUUUUCCUCCACCACGCUGCUCGUGGGACCCACGAGAAAUGUUUGAAGCCCCAGCUGCCUCUUGAGGUAGACGCGAGCUGCCUGCCCGAUCCCAACAGAGUUGGAGGGGGCAUCUCUGACCCUGGCUCCCGAGGUCAGCGGUUUGAAACCUAUUCUCCUCUCUCUGAAGACAUUGGUUCAAAGCUGGACUCCUGGGAGGAACACAUCUUUUCUGCUUUUGGUAACUCUUGAGGAUUCUGGGAGAAUUCAGGAUAAGCUCAGAGGAGCUGUGACUGACAGCCAGGGAGACACACAUCAGGAUACUGUCCUUUCUGGCUUCCAUGUGAAGGACACAUCCAUGUCAACCUUGCUGAUGGUUUUGAGUCAUCUCUCACCUGUGAAGCUCCCUGCUCUUUCACCUAUGAACCUUUACCCAUGCCCAGUUCUCUCUCUGUAGCCCACACACCCUAGGAGUUCUGGCAUUCAUUUUUACCUACGUAUCUCCAAAUUUGCACAUUCAAUUCAAUCUGCAUCCCUGCUCUUUCUUGCUAGUCCUGUUCUUAUUUUUUGGACUAGUUUUUCAGAACUCACUAUCUUGUUCACAAGAAUUCCUCAGCUUGACUCAGUUUCUCUCGUGCUUGACAAGCUGCCGUCUUCUCAGAGUUCCUCCAAGGCUUCUAACCCUACACUCACUCUAACCCAUCUCCUUCGAUCCUCAUCCUCUCCCGGAGAUUUAACACUUUUUACAUUUGGCCUGUCAUCUUGACACUCAUUUGUACCUCCAGUGAUUCUGCAUCCAAAUUAUUUAUUUCAAGAGCUCCCUGCCUCUAGCUUCUCAACUUUUUAAAAAUGACUCUCUUUAGAAAUCCAUAGUAGCCUCUAAUUGCUACCAAAUUACAAGAACCUUUUGGUGACUCUCCCAGAUAACUAAAUCUGUAGCCUACAGGACAGUUAUGCAGAUCUUAAGGUCACCCAUCCCCACUCUGUGCCUCUGUCUCAAAGCCAUUCCUUUCAGUUUUGGAACCAAAUGAAUACCUCUCUAUCUCAGAACACUCGAGAGCUCCCUCUUUCUGAAGUCUGAAGCUUUCUCUAAUCCCGAUUUUGUGCGUGUUACUUCAGUCACCCCAACAUCACCCUUAGCACUUGUUAUUGUACUUCCGUGCAACUUGAGUGGGUUAUUAAAUGGUUUCCACAAAUGUUUCAUUGUAAUUCUGUUGAAAUGAA